ACCAUUGCAUACUUCACAUUUACUCUCUUUCGUCUCUCUAAAAUACCCACUCUCACACACUCACUGUGUGUGUGAGGUUUUCACUUCUGUUUUUUUAGAACGAUUCCACUUCGGAUCAAAUGGGUUUAACGUCGCUUCAAGUCUGCAUGGACUCGUCUGACUGGUUUCAGGGUACAAUUCAGGAGGAAAUAGGAAUGGAUUCAUCGUCUCCUUCAGGAAUUACUGAUCCCAUGCUUGCAUGCUCGCGGCCAUUAAUGGAGAGAAGGCUCCGGCCACAACAAGACCAAGCUCUCAAAUGUCCACGCUGCGACUCCACCCACACCAAGUUCUGCUACUACAACAACUACUCACUCACCCAGCCACGAUACUUCUGCAAAACCUGCCGCCGAUACUGGACCAAAGGUGGCACCCUCCGUAACAUUCCUGUUGGCGGUGGUUGCCGGAAAAACAAGAAAGUCUCUUCUAGUUCCAAGAAAUCUACAUCCGCCACCCCUAACAACCACAGCAACGAUAACAGCAUUAACAUCCACCACCAGAACCACCAACAAAACCCACAUUUGAUUAACCCUAACCACCACUUGAUUAUGAACUCGACUGAUCUUCAACUCUCGUACCCGGAAUCGUCGAUGCAGUUUUCUGCGUCUAACUUGUUUGGAAUCGGGAAUUCAAGUAAUAUUCCUAGUUUUAUGUUUGAGAAUCUGAACAAUAGUGCUACCAGGGCUAUCGAUUUCAUGGAGAACAGUGGCGGAGGCGGUGGGAGUCAGUUUCUCGGGAUUAUGGGUACCGGUGGUUACGCGGCGGACAUGGGUGGUGCAAAUAUUUUAGCUCAGAAUUAUCAUGGCGGUAAUCUUUGUUCACCCUUCGGAGGAAUGACACUCGAUUCGAUUAAUAACCCGUUCAUGGAAAGAGGGUUAAUCUCAUACAAUCACGAAGGGAACGAUGUGCAUGAUGAUACGAUCAGUUCACUUGAUGUAAAGCCAAAGCUUUUGGCUUUAGAAUGGCAAGAUCAAAAUUGUUCUUCCGAUCACCAUGGCGGCGCUGCAAGUUCCGGUAGCGGUGGGUACUUAACGGGUCUUGGGUCAUCAUGGGGUGGCUUAGUCAAUGGCUAUGGAACAUCAACGACUAACCCAUUGGUUUAGUGUACGAUCGGUUCGAACUUUUGGGUGUGAAUUGGAGCUAAAAAUGACUGCUUUGGUGGAAUUUGAAACUUGUUUUUUUUUUUUUUUUUUUAAAUAUUAUAAUUAGUGGUGUUGUUGGGUGAAUGUUAUUUUAAUUAGCAUUCAGAUCGUAGGAUUUUGUGACAUAUCGAGGAAGAUAAUUAGUGUGUUUUUUUAAUGUUUUUUAAAACGAAUAUCGACGUAAUAUAUGAUCUUUUAAGAUUCUAUA